CCGUGCAUGUGGGCUGUUGUCACAGGGACAGAGGGAGGUUGAGCAGAGUUGCAGAGAAGAAGAAAAAAGAACAGACAAGAGACCAAAAAAGAGUGUGUGACUGAAGGCAUGGCAGCGAAUAUACUUAGAACUGCAACAGUGCAAUGGAGAUACACAGAGAGGGACAGGCAUGUGUGAUGAUAAACAAUGGUGAAAAGAUCAUUGCACACCUAUAACAUAUACUACAAUCAUCUCAAAAAAUAAACACGCUGAAUCAGAUUUCAGGCUAUAACAGCAUGGUGAGUUAAUGCAAAUUGCAAAAGGAUGUAUUUCGAAUUGUGUUUGUAUGUGUUCUGCAGCAGGAGAGAUAGACAGAGUACCAUAAUGACUUUACCAGCUGUUUUUCUACUCUCAAAAAUCCUAUCCGGAGAGUAAUGCCUCUUAAGUCUUGAUUAUACUGAACUUGUAUUGCAGUUCAGUUAGAUUUUGGGCUAUAGGGUGGCCAACAUUUUAGCAAAGGUUAUUUGUAGUUCACAGAAUUAAUUACGUAAUAUCACUGCUAAUUGACGUCCUAGUUUUGCAGAUCUUUGUUAAUUUGAUUUGGCAAUAAGUAAGUCUGCUUUUGAAGUCCAACCAGCAGCAUGUGUGAAUAUGAACACGUGAGUGCAGAAGAUGUGCUCUUUGUAAAUAGAUCCCAGGCUGAAUUCUUGGCAUUCCCUGGUGCAGCCAUAUUUAUGGAGAAUGAGAUCCUGUAUCUUCAGUGGGAGUUCUGUGUGUGUGAAUUGGAGGGAAGCAACCUAAAAGAUAUAUAAAAACAGCACAUAGCCAGUGAAAGCCAAAGAGAUUCAUUUAAAAACAGGCACUUGAUGUUCAUGCAUUAAAUAUGUUUUUAAAUGAACAAGACAAUUUGUGUUUAGAAAGGAUUUGCUGGGAUUAGUGUGGACUCUCAACUUUCUAAAACCCUGACAAAUGUGUAAAUUUUCAUGUAUAUUUGUUUAAAAUGCUCUUAUACUCUUAGUGUGCUGACAGUCUUCCACUCGCUCUAGAACUUCGCUGUAAUCUGUCUGUUCUAAUCUGCCUUCAUCUUCCAGGAGGCAAAAUUAGACACACGCACACAAAUAUACAAAUAUAUACUGGUUGCAAAUCCAACUUUUAAUCACUCAUUUAAUUUGUCUCACACACAUUCCUCAAAAUGUGUAAGGAUGAUGUGAGCUGUGCAGCAUUACUGAGAUUACACUCGCACAGAUUAAGAUGCAAAGAAUAGAUCACAUCUUGUCCAGAUUACUAAAAGGUUCCAUAUGGUGAAUGCUGGUUGCAGUCCAGUUGUGGAGUUCAAGGAUCUAAGGUUUUCAACCAGGGGUUUGUAAAGGUUCUGUUGGUGGGUCCGUGGAUAUAAAUAAGGUAAAGCAUAUAGAAUUUUUUGAAACAAUUUCAUGAUAUUUCUAACUAUCUGAAUGAGCGUUAACUAAUCACUAAUUAAAAUUGCAUGAAAUUACCUACUACUUUUAUUCAUGCACUGAAAAUAUCAUUUUCUUACUGAAUAUUUUUAUCUUAUUUUCAAGUAAAGAUACACUGUAAAAAAGAAUUGUUGGGCAAACUUAAAAAACAUCAAAGCAACCUGGUGCAGAAAGAUUGUUGAGUUCUCUCAACAGCUGUUUAAUAACUGUCUUCAGUAACAUUGCUUUGUUUAGUCAAUGUGAAUUUGUUUGUUCACUAAAUGCAAAAUGUCUUGUUGAGAGAACUACUCAUUUCUUGUUCAGCCAACUAUCAAUUCACAAUAAGAGAACUUUCAUUUUGUCACCAUUUCAAUUAUUUUUACACAAAAAAGUCAAUAAACAGCUAAAAAUAAGCCUAUGACACUAACUGCAUAAUUUAUGUAUGUUGCAAUGUAUGCUGGGAACUUGUAAACCAGCAAAAUUGUUGAACAUUAAAUUGUUUGUUCAAACAACACUUUUAGGCUAGUUGGGACAACAUUUGGGGGAAUAUUUUUGGUCUAACGUGUUUUUAUGUAUACGAAAGUAAUUCACAUCAUAUUUGUGACUCAAAAACCCCCAUAAGCUGGAUAAAAUGCUAUUUCAUUUUUUCAGUGCAUCUAAACUUACUUUAAACAGAUUUAAUUGAAAAUCAAAAUUAUAUUAUAUAAUUAAAUAUAAUUCAGCAAUAAAGCUGAAGUGUGUAACUUUUCCAAUGUCAAAAUACUCUCUCCUAUCCCAGUUUACUAUGCAGUGUCAACUGUAAGUAAGCCAUUCUUGUGUUGAUUUAAUCGAAAAAUAUAAACAUAAACAUAAAACUAUAUACACUGUGGCCCUAUAAAUAUAUUACUCAGUUUGUUUUAGCAUCCCAGCAGCCUGACACAACAACAUUGACUCAACAAAAGGCAUGAAUUUGGUACUGGACUAUGUGUUAAUUAGAUCAGCCGAAGAAGGCGAGAGUAUUUGAGAAAGCUGUUUGAAAACAAUGUUUAUUUUUGCAAUUUCACUGGGUUUUGCAGAAAUUACAAACUUCAACUUUGUCAUGUUUUCAAAGAAAUCUACCAAAAUGUAUAUGUCUGUCAAUUGAUUACAUUUUUAACUCAAAUUAAUUACAUGGGAUGCUGAUUAAUCAAUCGCAAUGAAUCUCAUAUAUAAAUAUUUGCUUAAAGGGCCACGAAUAAACAUAAUUUAAUAAAAAAAUAAUCACAAUAAUUACAAAAAUAAUACAUAUAAUAAAUAUAAUAAUUCAGAUAAUUCAAAGAUAUUAUGGUGGCAGUCAAGUAAAGCAAUUAAGAAGUCAAAAGUAUUGUAUGGUUAUGCCUAUAUUAUUGAACGUAAACCUAUUAUUGUACCUACAGUCCAUAGCAAUCGCUUUUGGAGCGUCUCACUGUGCUUGUGUCGUGUUUGACUGUUUUUUUUUUUUUUUUUUAAAUGUCUAAAGCCAUAAAUGCCAUGUUUUUAGGACGUUAUGUCAAGUUAAAUCUUUUAAAAAAUGCAUCUUGGGACCCCUGCAUUCUGCUCCAUCCAGCUGUCUUCGAACAGCUGUGCGUUACCUGAACAGCUGGAGUUGUGCUUACUGGCCCCUGCUGACUGAGUCUUGCAAAAUAUGGAGGUGGUACAUCAAGCUUGAAAAUAAGUGCAGUGUGCUGGAGAAACAAGAUACUGUGUGGUAAUGAUGCAGUGGUCAUCUGAGUGGGCAGAGCAACACUAUGAUGUCUCCUCUACCACAUCACCUCCAGUUCACCCUAAGCCCCUCGCAUAUCCCCAGCCUAGCCGUCCUGGGUUCUCAGGCUACAAUGAUGACAUCAGUGCCCUCAGUGCCUCUAGCUUGCUGAAGCGCUAUGCUGAGAGGUAUUCCUUUACCUCUGCCAUACCAGAGCAUGGGACUUUCCUGAGAAGUGAGCAGCACCAAGAGACAUGGCCUUUGGGAUACAGCAUGGAAGGAUCCCAUGGUUUAGAUGCAUUUAAGGGGACUUUGGGGACUGGAAGUGAUCUUCCAGAACAGCAGUACAGCGGUGGUCCCACAUCUCAGGAUUACCCUUCGUCUUACACUAGACAACAUCUGCUCCCCAAACCACGCUAUCUUCCUUCUCCAGCAUUUGCUUUGCCAUCUGCAUACUUGCCCCCCACACCAGGCUAUGCUUAUCCUCAACAAUGCAGUCUGACUGCCAGUUACCCCCAUAGCACCCCUUCUCUGCUGCCCUCAGGCUUACACACACCGACUCCUCUGAAUCCCACUGUCAGCAGCCACAGUUCGGCUGAACUUCCGCGCAACAGGAAGUUUGGGUUCGACCAACCCAAAACUGCCAGAGUGUCACCGUACAUGAUCAGGGAAAAGGGUGAUCAGCAGACCAGCGAUGGUGGAAGUGUCAAUGAAAGCUGUGGGACAGACAUCCAAAGCUACAGGCCAGAAAGACUUUCCACUCAGUCCGAUCUUGAGACAGAUUCGGUGGGUAAGACCAGUCAUCUACGGCAUGUAGAGUCUUAUGGAGGUCCAGGACAGUACACAUAUCCCUAAGUCUACUUGAUUAAGACAGCUUCCCAAAAAAACAAUACAUUUUUACGUGUUUAUUGCAAUACUUGAACAUAUCAACUAUUUGAAAUUAUAUGAAACAUGACGAUUAUUAUUACAGUAGACCAAAGUUCUAUGAUUUCAUGACACUGCUCUGCUAGCUGUGGACUAAGCUAAGUACAUGUCUUUCUAAUGCACACUGUAAUCCUUAUUCCUCUGAUGACUAAACUGACUGCAGCUUUAAAAGUGAAGUGUGUAAUUUCAGCACCACUAGUGGCACCCAAGUGGAAUUGCACAAUUAAUUACUGUUUUCAGACAGAUUUCUCUCAAAUACUCCAAAAAAACUCACUGUAGAAGCACACUGUUUACAUGAGAACUUUUGGAACAGAACAACGCAUGAAAUCAAGCUUACAUAGCUAGAUACAUCCACAUUCAGGUACUUGUGUCGAGUAUGUUUCGGCCUAAACAGAGCAAUGUUUUUAAAAGCGGCACAGUUUUUGGCGUGAAAACAACCUACAAAUGUCUUACUUAUAGUUGUAUCUGCACAUUAAACUGGGAUAGGAGAAAGUAUUUUAAUGUCGAAUAAAUUACACACAUCACCUUUAUUGAGGCCUGUAGCUUAGACACUAUUUGCCUGUAGCACAACAACAUUUUGUUGAUCCUUAAACCUUUUUUCUCUCUUCCUUUCCUUUUAUGCUCUUGCUCUCUAUAAUUAUGCUGUGCAAUGAAGCAUAAUAUGGUGACAAGCACUAAUCCACCACUUCAAUCAAUGAGAUUCAAGCCAAAGAAAGACAAAGAGAAGAUUGUGUAAAAAAAGGGAAAUAGAAAUAAGGUUUUAGAAUGAAUCUCAAGCUUAUUUACUAUUUUCUUAAUUUCUCCUUAAAAUCACGCAGAUAUGAAAGUUUCACAUGACAUAUACGGUUUUCAUACAUGUUGAUAGUUAACAUGUCAGUGGCAAUUUUAAUACACCAGUGUAAUGGACAUGUAAACCAGUGGUCUGAAACACUGUGAUGUUUGAAAUACUCAUACUUAAGGAAUACAAGGUAAGAUUCCUCUAUAUACUUUGAAUGUAAAUCAGAUUUUCCUCAGGAAUUGUGAAUGAAGCCAUACCUAUUUUUUAAGUUUGACAGAUGUUUUCAUCUUUUUAUUGUAUAAUAAAAAUGUCUUUGCCAUUAUGUGACAUGGAUGAAGUUACAAAAUUCUUAUGACGUUAUAAUGUUAUACCUUAACUGUAUUUGUAAAUGUUGGCCAAUACACACACUCCUAUUUCAAAUAUAAAAAUGUAAUGCAUGUUAUUACAGAAUGCACAUUAAUAUGUCUAGCAUCAACAUUUACUGUGCUAUGUGGGCUGCGAAAAGGCUAAAAAAAAUGAGCUUAGCAGUCUUUUCCAUUAUUCCCCUAUUGUGAAUUUUACUAUGGAAACUUACAGAACUGUUCCAGCCCCCUAGCUGAUCACUGGAUGUGUUUUCUUCUGACCCUCUGACCUCCAACCAUUCUUUUUUUUUUAAGGAGUCCUGUGACAGAGAAGAGAGCUUUUGUUAUUGUGAGGAAAGCAGGGCAUACACUGAAAUGUGCAAACAAAACUGCAAAUAACAGUCCAGUUAAUAUUUAAAUCUGAAUCUUUAGGUUUUAAGUUGGGGGACAACAUGUUAAAAACCAGAUCUACCUCACAUUUUUGCCAUGCUGUCUAGAUUAUGCAAUUGUUUAUUAUAUCUGUGUAUUAUUUGUCUGAAUGUCUACCUCGAGAAAAAGUGACAAAUAAAAAUUAUUGUAUA